AUGGCCGUUGUCGCCGCGUCUCCCACACCAUUUGCGGCCAGCUAUAAUGUUCCUUUGCGCGAGCAAUUCCCUCGACAUCCCUUCAAUAGACCUGGAUCAAGACCAAAUUUGAAGAGAGGGCUGCCAUUGGCCUCCUCAAUAAACAAUCCGCCGUUGCAGCAGCCAUGGAAUUUCUCUAUGGGAGACAGUUCGGACGACGAGGUGCCCGUGCCACCUAUGAAGUUCAGCGCAGAAGCGAAGGCGAUAUUGGGCGACGAAGCCUCAGUGAUCGGAUCAUCGCCAUCUCAAAAGAGGGACGAUUCGAGGGGCUACAUGCGCUUGGAUCCACCGAGGAAAAAAGUCAGUCCACUAGCUGUAAGCCAGAGGUUCCAGGAGAGAUCAGGAUUACAAUCAUCGCUCAGAAAUGGGAGUCCAAGGAUCGUUCGACUCAAUGCAAGUAGUCCCAACUCGUCUACGCUGAAAAGAACCACGUCACUCUUCAAUGGCACGUCACCCAAGGCCAAAGAACAUGACGAUUUUGUCACCCCGGGACCACGUUGUAAAAGCGCUCAAUCGGGAUCUGCCAACUUCGGCUCCCAUAUUAGUUCGGAAGGACAGAAGACAGAGUACCAAUCGUCUGCUGAAAGCCAAUGGCAACCUGACCCAACCACAACUUCGAAGGAGCACUCUAGUAUUCACGAUGCAGAGGGGCAGAUGGGCAAUCUUUCCGUCAGUAGGAAUCGAGUAGAUGAUACUGGAGCACAUACAGGGCAACGGCAAAAGAGAGUCCAAGUGACGGGCAAAUUCCUAAGAGGUCCAGCACGGAGGGGGAUGAAAAGGAGGCAGAGCGAAGAAGAUCAAAGUCCUAAUCACGAGGCUAUACAGUCGCCUAGUGACGGUAAACAGCAGCAAGGGGAAUUUCAUGAGCCAGAUGUUGAGCCUAGAAUGCCGGCUUCUGCAAUCGAACGGAAUCCACGCCACCAGGAAACUGACAAAGAGGACCAAUCGCGGCCUCCUCAUGUGCGCUUCCAGAGCCAGGCCAGCAUCAUCACAGGGAGUCCUGAGCAGAAGCGUCAUGAGCCUGCCAAAGCGCCCCUUAAUGAAACAGGAGUGGUCAAGCCUGUGGUCACAUCCUCUAGUAAGGAUGCUCACCCAACUUACAAACUUCCUCCACCGUCAAUACCGUCUCGGUACGACCAAGAAAAUGAGCCGCCGCCGACUUUUAGACGUAACAAGUUGAUUACGGCAAGGGCUAUUGAAAACGGAAAGAUUAUGGUUGCACAGGAUGAGAAGAUGCUCAUUCAGACACCUGCAACAAUCUCACCUUCACGACCUGCUUUGGCUGUCCGAAGCCAGAAUACACCACAUAGGCCUGCGCCUCCUCCCCCGAAAAUGUCAGUCGUGGAGACUGCAACCGCUGGUGCAGGAGCAGUAACCGCUUCCACGACGAAGAAGAAGCGCAACUUCAUUUCCGUUAAUGGCCGGAUGUUUACCCGUAUGGAUUGCAUUGGCCGGGGCGGUAGCUCUAGAGUCUACCGCGUGAUGGCUGAGAAUUACAAGAUCUUUGCCCUCAAACGUGUUUCCCUUGAUGAGCAGGCCGAAUCGGCUGUCCAGGGCUACAAGGGCGAGAUUGAUCUUUUGCGGAGACUUGAAAAUGUAGAUCGAGUAGUUCGACUCUAUGAUUACGAAGUCAAUGAAGAAAAGAAGCAUCUCUCUGUCCUCAUGGAAAUGGGCGAGUCAGAUCUCAACCGCGUGCUAACUCACCGUCUCGAAGAGGGAGUACUCGACCUCACUUCCACGCGAUAUUUUUGGCGAGAAAUGCUUCAGUGUGUAGCCGCAGUUCAUGCUCUUCAAAUUGUUCACAGCGACCUGAAACCCGCGAACUUCCUCCUGCUUCAAGGUCAACUUAAACUAAUCGAUUUCGGCAUAUCGAAUGCCAUUGCUGAAAACACUGUCAACGUCCACCGCGAGCAGCAGAUCGGAACCCCCAACUACAUGUCCCCAGAAGCACUCAGAGCCACUGCAGACGGGCAAACCCUGAAGCUAGGCAAACCCUCCGACGUGUGGAGUCUCGGCUGCAUUCUCUACCAGAUGGUGCACGGCAAACCCCCAUUCGCACAUAUUCCAAACCAAAUACAACGGAUAGCCGCUAUUCCUAAUGAGCGCCAUGCGAUCUCCUUCCCUGAGGCUGGGCUGGGCGGUGUCCCUGUUCCGUCAGGGUUGAUGCGUACACUGAAGCGGUGUCUCAACCGUGACAUCAAGCAGAGACCUACCGUUGAAGAGCUUCUCGAGCUAAAUGACUCGUUUCUGCAUCCAGAUCGAGUGCUAGAGUCGACGGUGCCAAUGGGCAGAGAGUUGAUCGAGAGAAUGCAGCAUAACAUCAUUAGACAUAUCAAGGAAAAGGGUAUGCCGAGUGAAGACGAGCUCAGGAGUUGGCCGGAUCGUUUCUACCGUAGUAUCAAAGCUGCCGUCGAGGAGGGAAAGGCUUAG